AAGUCAGAAAUCCGCCUGCCUCUGCCUCCCAAGUGCUGGGAUUAAAGGCGUGCACCACCACCGCUCGGCCAUUGCCGUGAUCUUAUUUUAGUUCUUUUAAAACACACCUCUCAUUUUAGAUUGGCACUGUGAUGUUUUGCCAUUCCGUGAGAGCAGGGAUUCACACACACUCUCUGCCGCUGAGCUAGGCCUCCAACCCUCCCAUAAGCUUUGUUUGGAUUACUUCCACUUAUUUUACAUGUAUCAGUUUAGAAUAUAUUUUCUCCAGUAAAGUUUGGUUAGCUGAUCUUCAACUAUUAUCUUCUAUUGGCAGACGCCUUCCUCAUCAAGGCAGCCAUCGGGCUUCAUGUUAAAGGCGCAUUCUCUUUCUUCCCCUCUCAGGACAGAAACAGCCCCUUCAUGGCUACCAUCCAAUCCCAAUGCUUACAGCUAUUACUUGGUCAAGUAUAUGCUUAAUAAACAUUUACUGAGAAGAUCAUGAAAUAGACAAAUAAAACACAUGCUGUUGGAAACCCUGAACGUGCCAAAUAGUGAAGUUCAGUUUCACAAUUUUAUGUUGUCAGAAUUCGGAUGCAUCAAACUUUAUUUUCUAGUAAGUAUUUUUACUAUAGCCAAGGAAGUCUCCUAUGAGUAUUCCUAAGAAAAUGAUGUCAUUUACUUAGUCCAAAAUGUUCAGCUUCCCCCAAAACAUCUAGUUGCCCAUACCAGACUCAACUUCAAGUGCACACCCUUUCUGCCUUUUCUGAAAGCAUUUGGUAAUACCUUAAAGAGAUAUCUCAGUUGCCAUUUUCCAUUUUCCUAAAAAUCUCUUUCUUACUUUUUUAAAGUCAAUGACAUAUGAGUUCUUUGAACCAUCUUUAGUUUUUACAGUUGUCUUUAAGGAAGAAUAUAAACAAAGGUUCUACUUUAAACAAUUUUAUCAACGCAGCUCUCUCAGAUAGUAAUUUAUUGUGAUAAUCACAAAAAAACUGCAACCCCGAAAUGGAAACUGGAAUAAAGAAGAAGAUAUAAUUUAGGUUAAUAAAAAAUACAUUUGACCAAUUAGUAUUUUGUCUCAGAUUUACUUGCCUUUGAAACCCAACGACCUGCAUAGUCACAUGGUGGCGCUGCAGGACAGGAUGAGACAAUGUUUCAUACCAGCAGCUCGGGUUUCCUUUAACUAACAGAAGCAAAGGCGCUGGAUAAAACAGCACACAAGCUUCCUACAAAGGCAGGGCACCCACAAGACCCUCCAGAAAGGAUUGCAAAUCUAUAGAAUCCCAAAGGUCCAGAGGAACAGAGCCACUCUCUGAGCUGCCGGACACUGAGUGGAAACAGCACAGCAGAAGGCAGUUUGUCUAAGGAAUGAUGGAGCCUGGAGUUGGGAGUGCUCAGCAUAUAAGGCAAGUGCUGCUUUUCUUUGUUUUCCUGGAAGGGUCCUCCGUUCUUGCCGAGACCUGGAGUUAUUCUGUGGCAGAAGAAAUGGAAACUGGCUCCUCUAUAGCCAAUGUAAUUAAAGAUAUGGAUGUGGGUGAUCUGGCUGCACGGGGGGCCAGGGUUAUAUUUGAUGACUACCAGCCUUAUUUGCGGUUAGACCUGGAGACUGGCAACUUGCUUUUGAAUGAAAAACUGGACAGGGAGGCACUCUGUUCUACCAGUGAGCCCUGUAUAUUGCAUUUCCAGGUGUUACUGGAAAAUCCUCUGCAAUUUUUUCAGGCUGAGCUUUUGAUUGAAGACAUAAAUGACCAUGCUCCCACAUUUCUAGAAAAAUUCAUAUUUCUAAAUAUCUCAGAAAGUGCUACUCCAGGAACCUCGUUCCAAAUGGAUACUGCUCAGGACUUGGAUAUAGGGAUGAAUAGUAUCCAAAACUAUUCAAUAAGCCCCAACCCUUAUUUCUACCUUAAGUUAAAAGACAGUGGUAAAGGAAGACGAUAUCCAGAGCUGGUACUGGCUAGAUCUCUGGACAGAGAAAAGGAGGCUUCAAUUAGCUUAAUACUAACAGCAAUGGAUGGUGGGUUCCUGCCCAGGUCAGGGACUGUAUUGGUUCAAGUUGUGGUUCUGGAUGUCAAUGACAACGCCCCUGAGUUUGAAAAAACCCUGUAUGAGGUCCAAGUACCAGAGAACAGUUCUGUGGACUCACUGGUAAUCAAGGUGUCUGCUACAGAUUUGGAUUCCGGAACAAAUGGAGAAAUAUCUUAUUCAUUUUCUCAUAUCUCUAUAGAUGUACAAAAAACAUUCGAAAUCCAUCCGAUCUCUGGUGAAGUCCAUUUGAAAGCACUCCUAGAUUUUGAGGUAAUUCAGUCUUAUACAAUAAAUGUUCAAGCUACUGAUGGUGGCGGUCUCUCUGGAAAAUCAGCCAUUAUUGUUCAGGUUACAGAUGUGAAUGACAACCCACCAGAAAUAGUCAUGACAUCUCUUAUGAGCCCCAUUCCAGAGAACUGUUUGUCAGAGAUGGUGGUCGCUGUUUUCAGUUUACGAGACCAAGACUCUGGAGAAAACGGAAGAAUGAUGUGUUCAAUUCAAGACAAACUCCCUUUUCUCUUGAAACCCACUUUCAAAAAUUUCUACACUCUAGUAACAGAUCAUCCACUGGACAGAGAGAGCAGAGCUGAAUAUAACAUCACCAUCAUUGUCUCCGACCUGGGCACACCCAGGCUCACAACCCAGCAUACCAUAACAGUGCAGGUGUCCGACAUCAACGACAACGCCCCCGCCUUCACCCAAACCUCCUACACCAUGUUUGUCCGCGAGAACAACAGCCCGGCCCUACUCAUAGGCACCAUCAGUGCCACAGACUCAGACUCAGGUUCCAAUGCCCACAUCACCUACUCCCUCUUGCCACCCCAAGACCCACAACUGGCCCUCGCCUCGUUCAUCUCCAUCAACGCUGACAAUGGGCAGCUGUUCGCGCUCAGGGCUCUGGACUAUGAAGCCCUGCAGGGCUUCGAGUUCCACGUGGGUGCCACAGACCGAGGCUCGCCCGCGCUUAGCAGCCAGGCUCUGGUGCGAGUGGUGGUGCUGGACGACAAUGACAAUACACCCUUCGUGCUCUACCCGAUGCAGAACGCUUCUGCACCCUGCACGGAGCUGCUGCCCAGGGCUGCGGAGCCUGGCUACCUGGUCACCAAGGUGGUGGCAGUGGACCGCGACUCUGGCCAGAAUGCCUGGCUGUCUUUUCAGCUGCUCAAAGCUACGGAGCCCGGGCUAUUCAGCGUGUGGGCGCACAAUGGCGAGGUGCGCACCACCAGAAUACUGAGUGAGCGUGAUGUGCCCAAGCAAAAACUGCUGCUACUGGUCAAGGACAAUGGAGAGCCUCCACGCUCUGCCAGUGUCACGCUGCACGUGCUCGUGGUGGAUGGCUUCUCUCAGCCCUACCUGCCUCUGCCAGAGGUGGCGCGCGACCACACACACGUGGAUGAGGAAGCACUCACACUCUACUUGGUCAUUGCCUUGGCUUCUGUGUCUUCUCUCUUCCUCUUGUCUGUGCUGCUGUUCGUGGGGGUUAGGCUUUGUAGGAGGGCGAGGGCGGCCUCUCUGGGUGGCUACUCUGAGCCUGAUGGUCACUUUCCUGGCCAUCUGGUGGACUUCAGCGGAGCGGGGACCUUGUCCCAGAGCUACAAAUAUGAAGUGUGUCUGACAGGAGUGUCAGAUUCCAAUGAUAUUCGGUUCCUAAAGCCUGUCUCCCAAUUUUGAGCGGGCUGAGAACCGCAUGAAAGAAAAUUCCUCUAUGAAUGGUUUUGAAUACAAUUAGCAAUUUGUUGACUCUUGUCAUGGUGCCUGCUGAACAUUGGUUUUUUUCUAAACAUUCUUGCUUUCUAUUGUUUUAUCUUCACGAGGAACUUCUAAUGUUUUGCCUUUAUUUUCCUAAUUCAGGAGAUAACUUUCAUUUAUAUUCUUACAGGUUUGUAUCUAAAACAAUUACUUCCUGAUGAAGACAGAGAACUACACUCAUUACUGUCAAGUCACAGUUUCUUCAAUUUGUUAAAUUCUCAAAAAUUAAUUAUUAUUGAUUUGAAAACCCUCACUUUCUAUUUGAUUGUUGUCCAGAAAAAAAAUUGAAAGCAUUGAUGUUUUGAAGAUAAAUGUCAUACAUUGUAAUGAAUUAUCAGAGUAUCUUCUGCCUAAUCUAAUAUUAUUCAUUCCUAUCUGGAAUAUUUAGAGUGUCUGAAAAGUGCAUGGUUUUGUUGUACAGAAGUAUUAAUUGGGAAUGACAAUUUCUCUGAAAUGUCAUGACUUUUACGUAAUGAAUGCCCAACAUUUAAUACAUAUAAAUAUUGUUAAAACGUUUUUAGAUGUUCUCAAAAUUUGUAGAAGUUUAGAUUCCUUUCUAUGACAUCUGUCUAGCCCACCUCACAUUUUCUGAAAAUAUCUCUCUUCAGCAUAGGUAUGGGAUCAAAGCUCAGUUUGUUUUGAACAACUCAGGUCCCUCUGUGGUUUCAAACAAUUGAAUUGAGUGAUGAGCAUUGCUAAUCUAAGUAACCAGUCUGAUCCUGGUUACUUUUAAAUUCACUUUAGGAACCAGAUGUAUUCUAAUCUCUGCUAGGACUGUUACAAGAAAGUGAUGUCAUCUUCUGGUGACAAAUGUCAAGCCUCUGAGAGAUGAAAAGAAAGAGAUACCAAGCAAGUAAUCUUGUGGAGGACCUUCAUUUUGACAUGACUUUCACCAUUGAGUUGGGAACUGGGGACAGAGAACUAAGAUAUGCUCUUAUAAUAAAUGCUCCUAGUACAGCUUAGUAAAUGUUUGUUUUUCUAAAAGCAUGUUUUGAUAUUCUUGCCUGGAUUUGUGAACUAUACCUUUUAAUUUUAUUUUUAUUGAGCUUUUCAUGUUAAUAUAAUACAAUUAAAAUGUUUGCAAACUAUUACAGUAGCAUAGAAAGAACAUGUGAAGCAUUUGCCUAAAAGGAAAAUUUUGAAAAUAGGAGUAGUGGUAGUCUUAGGAAGCUGAGGCAAGAUCUUGACAAGCCUUAGUAUUUUUCCUUUAAUAGAAAGAUGAUUUAGAUCACUCCUUGUUGUUUCAAAAGACUAUUAGAAGAGUAUAGAGAAGUGCCACUGAGGAAAAUGCUGUGUUGUUUUAUUCGGCUUAUUAUAAAAUAAGUUAGAAUCCCAACAAAGCAAAAAACAUUUGCAAUAGAAGAAACUCCUCACAAUUCUGUGAUGUAUUCUAUGAUGAAUUAAGCAAAUAUUUGCUGAGCAUCCUCUCUCCCAAAGGUUAUUUUUGAUAAUGUGUGCAGCAGCAAUGUCAGCAAUGGGGAGUACUUACAGGUUACACAAAGGAAAUAAUCCAACAUAUUCAUUUAUGCUGCAUAUGAUGAAAGACACCAGAGAGAAAAAUAAGGGGUCAGAGGUGCUUUUGUGUGAGUAUUCCCGUAGUUGAAUAGUUGUAUACAAUUUUAAGUGGGUGACUAUAUGUAGAAUGUAACUGGAAGUAACAUGUAGAUUUUUUUUUUCUUUGUGAAACCCAACCAACUGGAACCACAAUUCCGGUACCUGAGAGAUAUAAAAUUACAAAGAAACCCCAGAACUAUUAAUCACACUUUAUGCUGAAAGAAUUUUAACAAAUUGAAUGAGUAUGUAUUACUAAUUUUACAAAAUGACUGAUCAGUCAUUACUGUCUCCUCUCUCUCUCUCUCUCUCUCUCUCUCUCUCUCUCUCUCUCUCUCUCUCUCUUUCUCCUCUCUCACUCUCUCUCUCCUCUC